AUGCACAAAGUGGAGAAUCUGGGUCCCUUGGCGGAGUUUUGGGAAAUGGAGGAGGCAAUCGAGGCGAUGAUCAGUACGGGGGCCCACUGUACAUACGUCUCGGGCUAUUCGGAUAACGGAAGAACAGAAGACUUCUCAGGAGAUUAUCCGCGUCAGAUGCAGACUUGGAAAUUGAGCCCGUGGCUCAAGUUGAUUGCCAAGAUCCUUGGCCGAUCGCAUUCUGCGAUGCAGCCCUGCAGCCCUGCAGUCCUAGAGCUGGGAGGUUUUGAUGCACGAAGCGACACCAUGCCACAUGUUGUGUUUCCUGGCUGCAGGCAGUCUUCUUCUCGGACAUAA